CUCUUACCGAAGUAUGCGACAGCUUACUAUGUAAUCCUUAGUGGCACCGUCCACCCUAAUUUAGGGGUCUCGGAGGAACAAUAUAGAACAAAUAUAAAGAUUUUUACAUUUAGGUGGCAUUUUGCGUACAAUUCCAUUUUGGAAGAGAAGGUACGCCGACGACGCAACAAUUGGUCAUGGCCUCGGAUGCAAGCACAUCGAAAACUUUUGAGGGAAUAUCGAGAUGCUUGGGUCAAAGUUUUGACCGAGAAGAGUCCAGGCUCUGAUGUGGACGAAAUCGUGAAGAGAGCUGAAGAAAAGUUGGACGUGUUCAAUGUCAAUAUUGCUAGACAACAGGCCGAAAUGGAUGUUGAUCGACAAGGACUGAAAAGAGUGGAAGAUCAACCGCAAGGAUGGCUUGCAUGGGGCAAGAGCUGGUUUGGCGGCGGCGAGGAAAAGCCACAUGCGGAGAAGAAGAAGGACUUUGCUGAUCAAUUCAAUGAAGCGAUGACACCUGAAGAAAAGGCGAAGUUGUUUGAAGCCAUCGACUAUCAGGAAAAUAUUCCUCCAACAAACUAUCCAAAGGAAUUUGUUGAAAAUAAAUUCGAUUUCCGUCUUGGACAGGUUUGCAUCCCAUUAUCCAUGAAAAUCUGUCUUUGCAGGUUGCUGUCAUAUGCGUCUAUUAUAACCUUCGUAGAUUUAUACCAUGUCUUUAGUCUAAAAUCAACCAUACAAGAGCUUCGAAUGGAUGGCUGCGGUGCAGAGAUGUUGCGUGUGCGCGAUCCUUCAAAGCCGUGGCUUUACCUUUGUGUCGACACAAAUCCUUUGCAUGGAAAAUACGAUCAAUCCGUAGAACUUGCAAUCGCUCCAGUCAAUCUGAAGUACCAUGCGCCUGCUGUGAACAAUGCUAUAGAUGUAAGGUUACGAGUUUCCAGUCUUCAAACCUCCGGAGUCAGUGAAGUCAAAGCUCGAUCAGUUACUGGGCUUGCUCAUGCUGUUGAAAAUAGAUCUCGACUUGUGCUCGACAUUCAAAUACAGCCUGCCACCAUUUAUAUCUCUGAGGGUGGUGUGUACGAUUCGAAUAAACCAACUCUUCUGGCCGAUCUUGGUCUACUCAGUAUCACAACUAUAGAAAGUGAUCCAGUAAGUCUCACGAUUUUAAAGAAUUGCUGUAAUUUUUUCUCGGCUAGAAAUUGGGAAAACGAAGUUAUUCAUGUUUUUUCAAAACAAUGCUGGGAUGCUCUAGCAAUGACAGUUGUAUACUACACGAUCUCAGAAGCACGAUUGUCAAUUUUUAGCUUCUUAAACAGCUGGUUAAAGAGAAAGACUGAAUUUUUGGCAGUUGCGCAAGAAAAAUUUGGAUAA